AAACUAAUCCUUGUUAUAUGCAAAAUGCUGUUCCAAAAUUAUCUUUAUUGUUCAUUAAACAUUUGAUUAUAGAUGACAAACAAUGUGAUUACUUCCUUGCACUUGCACACAAACUGGAAUAAUAUCCUGAAUUCCGUGCGGAUCGAAUUUUUUUCGGACAUUUGUUAAGAUGUUUUUCGCGAAACCUUGUUAAGCGAUUCACAAAAUGGGUUCCAUAACUAGCUGUGGGACUACUUUAAUUGUGUUGAUUAACACACUGUUCGGGCUGAUAGGCCUGGUUUGUCUGGCAGGGGGCGUGGUCGUCAAGUUUAAGGCCGACCUGAUUGACAAGGCAACGGAGCCCAUUAUGGGGCUCGUGAAGGGACAGCUGAAAAUACCCGAGCAACUUGGGGUCGACAUUGAGAAUUUUAAAAUCUCCGAGUUCAUAGGUGGCGCUGCGACGGCCUUCAUUCUGAUUGGUUCAUUCUUGCUCGGGAUCGUCAUAUGGGCGUAUUGUGGCACCUGCUGCAAGUCCCAGUGGAUGCUUGUUAUUUAUGCAGCCAUGUUGUCAGCGAUAAUUUUAGGAGAGGUAGCCUUCGUUGUCAUAGUAACGAACAAAAGAUCAAUGAUUGAUGACGGUAUAAAGUCUUCUCUGAAGGAGUCCAUAUCCGACUUCUAUGAAGGCGACAAAAGCAUGAGCGCCCUCUCUUUGGGAUGGAAUGCGCUGAUGGCCCUGCUGAAAUGCUGUGGCGUGGACGGCGCAACUGAUUUCCGGAACACGAGCAAUUGGGAACACAUGCUGAACGUCAGUGAAGGUCAAGGUCAGGUCACAUGUCGACUUGAGGCGCCCGUGCUGUGCUGUGCAGAUCCUUCUGGGUUCAAAACCAUUCCAAACACAAAUAAUCGACCGGCUGGACAGAUUGCUGAGUGUCCCGGAUGUGACUACAAUCAGGGUUGCUAUGACAGCAUAUGGGACCUUAUCUACCAGCAUCAGAAGAUCGCAAUAGGGGCACUGGCGGGAAUAGGAGCAUUUCAGUUGAUCCUUCUUAUUCUGACGAUUUGUAUCAUCAAGGACCUCUCCCCGAACAAAGUCGGCCCCUAGAAAGAAAUGGACGUAGAAGCCUGGAGCCGUUACCAGAAAGUGCAUAAGAAACAGCUAAGACACAUGAUUUAAAGCAAAACAAAUCCAGUUAACAAAUGAGACAGCAAUAAUUCGAGAGUUUAGAGUCACAAUAAGCGCGACUUUAUUAUUAUUUAGUAAGUUAAAACCAUUUAAAUAUAAAGCACUGCUAAAAAAACUUUCAAAAUGAACGAGUGUAUGAAAACAAUUUUCCAAAUGAAGUUCAUAGUCUCGGAGUAUCAUAUAUAAUUAUAGUGUUUGUACCAUUUAUAUAACCUUUUUUAUUAACGUAUUUUAACAUAGUCUACUAUAUGCUUUGAUGAAAUUUAAAUAAUGUAAUUUUGUCCAAAACAUUAUAAUCAAUUGUUCGUACAUGUGUUUUAUUAAACAAUAACUAACUGAA